AAGACUGUUAGUGGUAUCAUUAGCAUCACUAUAUUUGUCCUGUUUCUUAAUUGUUUGACACCUGGACGUUUUAUUUUAUAGUAUCAGGCAUGUUUUUACCUUGCUUCAAAGUAGACUAUAGUCAAAACUCCCACCAUAGAAACGCGAAGGAAUUAUUUUUUAUAGUGUCGGUGGGGAUUAAGAAGUGAUUAUAAGCAAUGCCCAGUGAAAAAUAAGAGGUAUAUGACGUAAACCCUCCACUACCCCACUGGGCUGCCGAAUGGGUGUGAGCAAAGGUUCCUUGUUCAAGACACAUGUAACGUCAUUAGCACGGAGUAAUGAGUUGGAUUCUGUUUCCACAUGCAAAAGUGAUUGCUUUUGACAAACACUCUUUAUCUGCCUUCCCAAUGAAAAGUAGUUCGAAAAUUCAAACAUAUAUAUUUUAAGGAAAAUAGAUGUGUUUCUGGACGAUGCACAAUGCUGCCUUGUUGACAGCACGACCGAGCGACGAAGAUUACUGUUUGAUUUGAGACGGUGCUCCUCCCUCUGUGGUUUAGCCAGUUCAAGUCACGGGCCUAAUAGACCGGUGCCGCGCGGCUCAUCAUACUCGAAUCCGCCAAAUGCCAUUAAUAAUAUCAUGCUCUUUUGUGCUGCGGAAAACAUGAAAAUCAGAUGGACUUUAUGAAGGAUCUCUAUUGAUUGACUUACUACUUUUUUUCAUGAAAGUACUUCUUUGUUUGGGCUACUAGGCGACUGCCUGGUCAAACACGAGGUAGAUUGAGGCACCUUCGCAGGGUUGUAUCUCCCACUUGUUGACAGCUACAGAGGAAGUCGAUAUUUUGUCGCAGCUGCAGAGAAUGUGAAGCUGUUGCCAUGUCAAUAUCCUCUCUAGAAGUGUUUUCUACGGAACCGUUCCUAAAUGGAACAUUCACAGCAGAAGGUUCCUCCUCUGGACCAUACACAGAACCCCACUCGGAGGACAACCUCAUCGCCAUGGGCGACAACAAUGUCACAGGGUCAGACUGCACCUAUAAGGAGGAUUUUAAGCGCUUCCUACUUCCUGCCAUCUACAGUGUGGUCUUCCUGAUUGGUCUGCCUCUGAAUGGAGUGGUCAUCCUGAAGAUCUGGAGGUCACGACCCAACCUGACCCGGAGCAACGUCUACAUGCUCAACCUGGCCACGGCUGACUUCCUGUAUGUGAUGUCACUACCUCUGCUCAUCUACAACUACGCCAGUCAUGACUACUGGCCCUUUGGAGAGCUGGCCUGCAAACUGGUCCGCUUUCAGUUCUACAGUAACCUGCAUGGCAGUAUCCUGUUCCUGACCUGUAUCAGCCUCCAGCGCUACGUGGGCAUCUGCCACCCUAUGGCCGGCUGGCACAAGCAGGGGGGUCGCAGGCUGGCAUGGGUGGUCUGUGGGGGAGUGUGGCUGGUGGUCACCGUCCUCUGUGCCCCCACGUUCCACUACGCCUCCACAGGAACACAACGCAACCGCACCGUCUGUUACGACCUGAGUCCACCGGAGCACUCGGCUGACUACUACCCCUAUGGGAUGGCUCUGACCUGCCUGGGCUUCCUGUUGCCUUUUAUGGGCAUCGUGGCGUGCUACUGUCGCAUGGGUCACCUCCUCUGCCGCCCGCCGUCCUAUCAGGGUGUUAACAUGGCCGCCUCAAUGGAGAAACGGGACAAGGCGGUGAAGAUGAUAGUCAUCGUGGUGACGGUGUUUGCUGUGAGCUUCCUGCCGUUCCACCUCACUAAGACCAUGUACCUGUUGGUACGAACCUUAUCAGAUGCUCCGUGUGCGACACGGAACCUGUUCUCAGUAAUCUACAAGUGCACCAGGCCGUUCGCCAGCAUGAACAGCGUUCUAGAUCCUAUACUGUUCUAUUUCACACAGCCGCGGUUCCGCAAGAACACCAGAAUACUGGUCACCAAGAUCACCACUCUCAGAGACAGGGAACCAAGAUGUGAGAAAGUGAAAAACCUCACCAAGAACCCUUGAUUAUUUAGAACCCAUGUUUAACUCAAAGCUCAUUGUGUGUGUGUGUGUGUGUGUGUGUGUGUGUGUGUGUGUGUGUGUGUGUGUGUGAGAGAGAAACAUUCAUAGUCCACAGUUGUAUUACACCUAGAUACAUGGGUUUUGGGUACUUAGAACCCAUCCAGAACCCUCAUUGACUUCUGCUCUGCCAGCAUGGGAACAAGUCAGUGUGUUUGCUAAAAUGCAUGAAGUAGUCAGCCACAACACUGCGUUUGGUUGCCAUAGUAUUAUGUAAUGCAUCCUGUAUGUCUGUUUACUAUAUGAGCCACUAGGUGGUGUGUGUUACCUACAUGUCCCAUGGCCUUAAAGGAAUAAUCCACCACAAACCACAAAUUCCUAUGAUUAACAGUGUAUUAACACUAAUAUAAGAAAACAAUAUACACUGCUCAAAAAAAUAAAGGGAACACUAAAAUAACACAUCCUAGAUCUGAAUGAAUGAAAUAUUCUUAUUAAAUACAUUUUUCUUUACGUAGUUGAAUGUGCUGACCACAAAAUCACAAAUGUAUCAGUGGAAAUCAAAUUUAUCAACCCAUGGAGGUCUGGAUUUGGAGUCACACUCCAAAUCAAAGUGGAAAACCACACUACAGGCUGAUCCAACUUUGAUGUAAUGUCCUUAAAACAAGUCAAAAUGAGGCUCAGUAGUGUGUGUGGCCUCCACGUGCCUGUAUGACCUCCCUACAACGCCUGGGCAUGCUCCUGAUGAGCAUGCCGGGCCAGUCCAUAGCACGGGCGGGCCAGUCCAUAGCAUCAAUGCCUUCCUCUUGCAGGAACUGCUGACACACUCCAGCCACAUGAGGUCUAGCAUUGUCUUGCAGUAGGAGGAACCCAGGGCCAACCACACCAGCAUAUGGUCUCACAAGGGGUCUGAGGAUCUCAUCUCGGUACCUAAUGGCUGUCAGGCUAUCUCUGGCGAGCACAUGGAGGGCUGUGCGGCCCCCCCAAAGAAAUGCCACCCCACACCAUGACUGACCCACCGCCAAACCGGUCAUGCUGGAGGAUGUUGCAGGCAGCAGAACGUUCUCCAUGGCGUCUCCAGACUGUCACAUCUGUCACAUGUGCUCAGUGUGAACCUGCUUUCAUCUGUGAAGAGCACUCUGGCAAAUGCCAAACGUCCUGCACGGUGUUGGGCUGUAAGCACACUUGUGUGGGUUGUAGACUCCGGCUCAUGCUACCACUAGAGUGAAAGCACCGCCAGCAUUCAAAAGUGACCAAAACAUCAGCCAGGAAGCAUAGGAACUGAGAAGUGGUCUGUGGUCCCCACCUGCAGAACCACACCUUUAUUGGGGGUGUCUUGCUAAUUGCGUAUAAUUUCCACCUGUUGUCUAUUCCAUUUACACAACAGCAUGUGGAAUUUAUUGUCAAUCAAUGUUGCUUCCUAAGUGGACAGUUUGAUUUCACAGAAGUGUGAUUGACUUGGAGUUACAUUGUGUUGUUUAAGUGUUCCCUUUAUUUUUUUGAGCAGUGUAUAUAUAUAUAUUUUUUUUUUUGAACAAAUGUUUCAUUUUUAGCUAUUUGAAAAUCGAUGUGGAAUCUUUUGCAGCUCAAGUCAACUACAAAACAUGCAAUGCUCUCUUUCUGGGUUGGCUAGCUAGCUACCAAACGUGGCUACACACAACAAUAGCAAAGUCAAUAUCAGCAUGUAAAGUAGCUAGUUGGCUGUAAAAUCACCUGAACAAUCUACUAUCAAUUUAGGAGUAUAUCUCACUGUUCAGUUUGCAGUUCCUCUCUGCCCAGAGUGAGUACAGAAUACGUUAUGGCAACAAUGAUCCAUUGUUUCAACAAUGAUCCACGUUUCCCCACAGGCACACAGUACGCAUUGCAAGAUGGUACUUGAAGGACAAAACUGAGUUGAAUAAAUUGGCACAGUGUUUUAGAUUGAGCAUAUCUAAGUGAAAUGUGUACUUUGUCAUGAUAUUUGCCCGAAAAGCUGGUCUUUGGAGGAUAUAUUGACACGGGUGUUGUUAGGCCCGAGAUACUGGCUAUGGGGGAAUUAUUGUCUCAAUGUUGCAAAUGUCGGAGAUACAGACAGCAAGGUUUAUACAAAUCUCCGCUGUUGAAAACGAAAUGUUAGUCUAAAAUAAUAUAAUAAUAAUAAUAUAUGCCAUUUAGCAGACGCUUUUAUCCAAAGCGACUUACAGUCAUGUGUGCAUACAUUCUACGUAUGGGUGAGAUAAUGUCUAAAUGCUUUUUUAUAGUGGAGCUCAAGUUUAUACAUUUCCUGGCUGCGUGGAUGAGACAGUGGAUUGCGCAGUGAGAUGGAACAGAGUAAAUCGGCAUUUUAACUUCAUAGAUUUAGCCAGUGGUAAUUUGCGGAAUAGACACCGGUUGGAAUGCGGUUUUAACCAAUCAGCACUCAGGAUUAGACCCACCCGUUAUAUAUGUAAAUGAGUGGAUGCGCUCUAGACAAGUAUGCCCAUACUAUCUUUUGGCCGAUUUGGUGAUCUGGAGUGCAGGUAAUUGUUUUUAGAAGCUUUUAUGAAACGUGAUGAGAACCAUCUAGCUAUGACGCGUUCCUACACGAUUUCCUGAUUUCACAGACGGACCACUUCCAAGUUAAAUCACUCGGAUAUGUUUUAUUUGACCUACCGAUAGAACACAUGCUUUCACCAAAUUUACCAGAGUUUCAUUUAAAAAUAUAUAUAUAUCUAUAUUCUGGGGUUGAAUUAUCCUUUUGAAAUUGACUGUCUGUUUCGACUGUGGUGUGCUGUUUCUUGUGUGUACUGUACCUUUCCUAUCUAAUAGGUAUUUAGACAUAUUUUAAAAGUGAGAACGUCUGAGACAAACAUUUUAAAUGUCUUGAAAUAAGCACUUGUAUGCAUGACAACGUGUCCCUGGCAUGUAGAUGGAUACUGAUGCUUUGUGGUCUAAUUCACUGCAUGAUGAGGUCUAGUUUUAUUUGAGUUAAACGUUGCUUAAUGUGUUUUUGUUUUUCUGUUAUAUUUUUUUCAAACCAUGGCCUUGUACACAAGUCUCCAAGAGAGUAUCACAGGACUGACAGAUCCUCUGUUGUUCCUGUGUGUAUCAGCUGCAGGAGAUUGGAUUACUCAAUACCACAAAUGAUUGACUUGUUUUGGUCAAAUGUGAGUGACAGCUGAUGUUUUUGUUCCUAAGUCUGUCUGUAAUGUUUGUGUGUGUGAGUGUGUGUUUGUUUAACCUCUUCCUUAGCUUAAGGCCCUUAAUGAAGUGAUAUGUUUUAUAUGUGGGGCACAUGUCUGUAUGGGUCUAAUAGGAACCAAGGUAGAUGUCAGAUGCUCUUCUUGGAGCGGAUAUAUUUGAGUCAGUGUAUUUUUUGUUGUUGUUUUACAGUGAAUUCUUAUUUUUAUAACAUAAAGAGAACUUGAAUUAUAUUUUUGUUACAAAAUUAGUUUUAUUUCUUCACUUAUGUUAGUACAUGUAUUUAUUAGUUGUGCUGUUUCAUACAUGCUCAUGCCUCUGCUUUGUAGAUGGCCUCUCCAAUUAACAAGCCUGUUGACACUGUAAUAAACUUGCUGUUGUCAAUAAAGAUGACAUGUAUCAACCAAA